UCACGCUCCUUCUCUCUCGCUAAACCAAAGCCCUAACCCUAACUCACAGCAGAACGAGAAGAUGUUGGAGCUAAGGCUCGUGCAAGGUUCCCUUCUCAAGAAGGUGCUAGAUGCGAUCAAGGAAUUGGUUAAAGAUGCCAACUUCGAUUGCUCGACGACUGGCUUCUCUCUCCAGGCCAUGGAUUCCAGCCAUGUCGCUUUGGUGUCUCUUCUCCUUAGAGCGGAGGGCUUUGAGCACUAUCGCUGUGACCGUAACCUUUCCAUGGGUAUGAAUCUUGAUAACAUGGCUAAGAUGUUAAAGUGCUCCGGAAAUGAUGAUAUCAUCACCAUCAAGGCUGACGACGGCAGCGACUCUGUCACUUUCAUGUUUGAAAGUCCCACACAAGAUAAGAUUUCAGAUUUUGAGAUGAAACUGAUGGACAUUGACAGUGAACACCUUGGAAUCCCAGAGGCAGAAUAUCAUGCCAUUAUCAGGAUGCCAUCAGCUGAGUUUGCCAAAAUUUGUAGAGAUCUUGCAAGCAUUGGUGAUACUGUUGUGAUCUCUGUUUCAAAGGAAGGAGUCAAAUUCUCCACAAGAGGCGAUAUUGGGGCUGCAAAUGUUGUUCUCAGGCAGAAUACAACAGUAGACAAGCCUGAAGAGGCAACAAUCAUAGAGAUGAAUGAGCCUGUGUCGUUGACAUUUGCAUUAAGGUACAUGAACUCCUUCACCAAGGCAACGCCAUUGUCAAAUAUAGUUACAAUCAGCUUGUCUUCAGAACUUCCUGUUGUGGUUGAGUACAAGAUUGCUGAGAUGGGUUAUAUCAGAUUCUACUUGGCUCCAAAGAUUGAAGAGGACGAGGAUGAGACUAAACCCGAAGUUUAAUACAAAUAAUUCUUACAUUCUUAUGUUGUUCAGUACCAUCACUCUUCAAGUUUUGAACUUAAGUUUAGGAUGUUUGUCAUCUCGUUAAUGACUAUUUGGCGUGUGUAGAGAUCUUAAAGGUUUCCUGUAGUAUUAAGCUGCUAGGUAUUAUUAGGUAUUAUCAUCGGAUAAACUUUUCCAACUAGUAUCAUUUGUGGCUAAGUUCUGGUUAAUAUUCCUUUUCCUUUUGCUGUUUGUUUAGGCUCCAAGGCUGCUGGUGUUUCUGGUUUUAGACCUGUUAGUUUUUGGAAAACAAGCCAAACAAGAAAAAGUAGCCUGCUUUCUCCA